AAUGUUGGCGCCAAAAUCUGCCGAAAGCAUUUGUAAACAAGCGCGAAGGAGUUUCACAUGCAAGUGUUGCAAAAAUGCUGGUUUCUGACCUCCGGAAGGAAUUCUACGACGUGAUUAGAGGAAAGCGCAUCCUUGUUCUCGCACAUUUCGACAUUGAUGGCAUAUGUGCGAGCAAAAUCCUACAGUCUCUCUUCCGCACCGACCACAUCCUGUACACAGUCGUUCCUGUCAAAACGCGAACAGAUCUCAUAAAUGCCUAUCAACAACAUGCUGAACAGAUUAAGCAUAUCAUCUUGCUAAAUUGCGGUGGAUGUGUAGACAUUGUGGACAUUCUCCAACCGCCAGAAGAUAUCAUCUUCUUUGUAGCUGACAACCAUAGACCCCUUGAUAUCUGCAAUAUUUACAAUGCUGAUCAGGUCCGAAUCUUGACAAAGUUAGGAGACGAUGAGGAAGUUCCAGCGUUUGACGAUAUCUUCCGAGAGGAUGAGAGUGAUGAGGAAGAGGAGAGUGAUGAGGAGGGGGGCAAGAGGCAGAGAUUUGACGAAGCGGCUCUUGAAAGGCGAAGAGCAAGGCGGCAGUGGGAACAACAACGUCACAAGAUUUUAUUUGACUAUACACAGUUCUCAUACUUUGGAAGCUCGACUGCUUCCUUGAUGUUUGAUAUUGCCUGGAAACUUUCCAAAGAUUCCAAUGAAUUACUAUGGUGGGCCAUUGUAGGGGAAAGUGAAUUAUUAAUGUCAGAUAGAAUUGAGCAAGAUAAGUACCUAUUGGUUGCGGCAGAACUACAGAACCAUGUCUCGCGUCUAAAUCACAAAAGUCAAGAUGAACAACCACUUGAUUGUUUGAGGAUCACAUUUGAAAAAGAAUUACAGCUGGGCCUUUAUCGUCACUGGAGUUUAGUGGAGAGUAUGCGACACUCACUCUAUACUGCCACCACUCUGAGGCUGUGGACCUUGAAAGGAGAGAAGAGACUGCAUGAGCUUCUGGCAGAAAUGGGACUUCCUUUGUCGCAGUGCAAGCAAAAAUACUGCGGAAUGGACGUUGCACUUCGUAAGGAACUUCAGUCCCUCUUAGAAUCAAAGGCAGAAAAGUAUGGUUUAGACAAUCUUCUUUUUGCAUCAUUUACUUUGUCACAUGGAUUUCGAAGUAAAUACAGUGCCUCGGACUAUGUGUAUGCAACAUUAGCUUUAUUGGAGACACCGGAAGAUGAGAAAACAGCAGCUGAUGCCUUUCUGGAUGUUUCAGAUAGCCUUAGCAUUACGAAAUUAUCGCUGCUGGAGAAGGGCAUCGAAACCAGCAAACAGCAGCUAGAAGCAGUGUAUCGGCAAAUGCAAACAUUCCUUGACAUGAACCAAGUGAUAUCUGCAGGACCUUUCCUUUAUGCUACUGUUAUUGAGGGAACUCCAGAUGCCAAGUUCUUUUCUUCCCCGCAUUGCAUCUCCCUCUUAGCGCGAUUUACUUUGAGGGCGCACGUAGCAAUAUCUCGAAGUAAGAAGUCUCGCUCAUUGCCGCUCAUCAUUACAACUCCAGAUGUGAAGACCUCCGAGUCUAACAUGUGUCUUGUUUGUGGAAUUCCACCGGUCUCUGAAGAAUCUCCAAGAAAUUUCUUUGGAAAAGCCUUUGAACAAGCUGCAGAUAAAACUGGUUCCAAAGCUGAAUUAGAAUUUUUUGAUACAAAUAUUAUACGACUGAGUGUGGAUGACCGUAGUAAGUUCUUUGAUGCUCUUAUCUCACUACUCAGCUAAGGGUCUUAUGACUUAUGGUUAGUAUUUCAUUAAGAAGAAGAAUGUGAAGAUCUUUAUUCAAAGUAGAUUAGUACUUAAAAUUUUGAUAUCAUAACACCUUUGUGAACAGGUUUUGAAUCUUCAAAUACUUUAUUUGUGUUUAUUAGAAUUUUCAGUGUAGAAUAAAUUUAUUUAUACCAUGCCCUUUUUCUAAUUUGUCUCAGAAGUGCAAAACAAAUAUUAACUGUGGUAGGCCAUUGGCAUAGACAUAUAAUGUAUAUUUUAAAUGUUUUUAUGCUUUAUUUUUUCAUCUUUUACAUAAAUUUUUGUUAGAACAUUUAAAUUGAUAAGCAGAUGAUUUGUAAAAUAAUCCAAGCAUUAAGAUCUAUCUUGUCACCCUGAAUGAGAUUGAAGAAACUUUAAAAGACACUGAAUUUUCGUUAAUGUUUUUAACCAUUUGUGUGUGAAAAGAAUUGAUAAUCAGCAACCUAUGAAUGAAAAUUUUCCCAGUGAAUUUGGUAAGUAGAGAGGAUAUAUCAUGACUUGUAGAAUAAGUAUUUUUAUGAUCAAAAUGUAGACAAUGAACAGUCCUUAUAUUUCAUGAGGCAAGAUAAUUCCUUGAUCAUUUUUAUUUUAUUUGGUUACUGAUUUAAUUUGCUUUUAUAUAACAAAUGCUAUAUAAAGUAAAUGGUUUGAGAAAAGGGAUUUAUAUUUCUUCUGCUUAAGAAUACUUGUUUUCACUUAAAAAAAAACAAAAACAAAGUAUCUGUUACACAUAAUGGACUACAGUGUAGUAUGACAGUAUGUAAGAAGCCCAGUGGAAGAAGCAAAAUAUAGUCAUUUACAAAACAAGGUCAAUAAAUUUCAGACUAGGUGCAAAACAUCAGCCACACAGUUAGACCAUAAUCUAUGAGACAAAACGAAUGAUUUCAAAAGCGCAGGGGGACUAGUUUAUAGUGUCUGCAAUUAUAUAUUGUAUUAAACUGUGAUAUGCAAUUGGUAUAUUCUGUAUAUUAUAUGCUUCAUCAUUAAUGAAUUGUCUUUCUAUAUUAUGCAACCUUCUUGUUUUUGUUUGUUUAUAACAUUUGUGGAGUUCAGUUUUUGUAUUUGUAAAAACGUUGCUUACUGCUUUAAUUAGAUGGGUCAUUAUUUUUAUAUAAACUCUCAUUAGUCAUCAUAGUUAUUAACUAGCAAUGCUUAUUAUAUAGAUAGAAGGGUGAAAAAGGUAUUUUUAUGCUUUUAACCAUUACCAGUGAUAAUCUCUAAUCACAGCUUUACUCCUUCAUUGGCUUGACCUUCAGUUGUCACUUUUAGCAGAUAAGCCGCAUUAUACAUUAGGCACAGCAGCUACUAUUGUAUAAUUUUCAGUAUCGUUACAUAUUUAUUGUAAUAUUUUUACAUGUACAAAUUGGGUAUCAUAAAAUAUUUACUAUUCAUAUAAAAAUAAUUGUGUUUUGGAUUGAAUGGGUGCUUUAUAAAUAUAUAGAAAAAAUGAUAAAACUAAGCCUUGGUGUGUUGACCCAUUAUGUGCCUGAUUUAGUUUUCAGGAAGGAUGUAUUGUGUAUAUACAGUAUUUUAAUAAAUUUAUAUGAACUUCAUGA